AUGCCUCUCCUCAACCUUCCAACAGAGCUUAUCCUCGAGAUUUCAAAGGACCUCGAAACAAAGGAUCUCUAUUCGCUCCUCAGGGCCAAUCGCUAUCUAUCAGUAUUGCUAUCUCCAAGCCUACUUAAGCAUGCAAUUCAAACGGAUAGGCACUUUGUUACCGCUCUCUUCUUUGCGACAGCCAACAAAAACGAAAAGAUGAUCCGCCUACUACUCGAGGAAUGCGAAGUUAGCAUCGUGAUCGGAAAGGCCCCAACUCUUUACUCAAGUAUCUGCCUGGGCUGUCGCUCGCACAAGGCGGUUGAGUAUUUGAUAGAGAAUGGGGCCAAUAGCAUUAUCCAAGACCUUCUUCGCGGGGGCACGGCACUCCAUUGGGCCGCGGAGUUGGGCCAUAAAGCUAUAUUCGAAAGUCUGCUUAAGAAGGGAGCGAGCACUGAGAUACGUGACCUGGAGGGUGGAUCUGUUCUUAGUUGGGCAGCUUACGGAGGAAGCAGUACGAUAGUUCGCUUACUGUUCGAGCAUGGUGUUGAUAUCAAUGAUGGCAGUUCUCUUGGAGCUAUUCACAUAGCCGCCGCCGAGGGCCACGAAGAGCUCGUUAAGCUCUUUCUAGAUAAUGGAGCCGCUAUCGAUGUUCAAAACAACCUUGAAGAGACACCGCUUCUCGUGGCGGUGACUGCAAACGAGCAGGACGUAGUCAAAUCGCUUUUGUUGCGAGGGGCAAACAUCAACACAAUGGACAACAUGCGAAAUUCUGUCCUGCACCGGGCGGCGUUUCUCGACGAUGAUACCAUGACAAUAUUGCUACUUGAGGGUGGCGCGUUUCCUUUCUUCCAAAACUUGUUAUUUCAGAUGCCGAUCGACAUUGCAAAAGAACGCGGGUUCUCAGCGGGUGUGAGGGCUUUGGAAUACACAGGCUUCGCAACACUCACGAACAGUAUGGCGUACAGCGAACUCGUGGAUCUGUCUUUUUGA